GAGCAUACAUAGUCGUAGGCCGCUUCAGAUCUCAUGAGAUUUCUCUCAAUCGGGUGAAGAAAACUAGUUUCUCUUGAAUCGCCGGUGAGCUCAGGAAGAUAGGAAAAUUCUGGGAUGCAGCGCACUCCAGCAGUUACCAUAGAGGACCAGUUGAUAUCGAAAGCUGUAAGGGAAGAAUGUCCGUGGGAGAACCUUCCUAAAAGACUUCAGUCUAUUCUUGGCUCCAAGGAGGAAUGGCAUAGAAGGGUUGUUGAUCAUUGUAUUAAAAAAAGACUCCUGUGGAAUACGUGUUUUUCUUGUAAAGUUUGCAAAGAAGGUGAAUAUUAUGAAGAUAUGAUGCGUUACUUGCGAAAGAAUCUCGCGUUGUUUCCGUAUCACCUUGCGGAGCAUGUUUGCCGUGUGAUGAGGAUAUCACCUUUCAGAUACUACUGUGAUAUGAUAUUUGAAGUCAUGCGAAAUGAGCAACCUUACGACAGUAUCCCAAACUUCAGUGCGGCAGAUGCUUUCAGGCUUACGGGCAUAGGCAGAAAUGAAUUCAUUGAUAUCAUGAAUAAAUGCAGAUCUAAGAAAAUUAUGUGGAAGCUAAACAAAUCGAUUGCCAAAGAUUUCUUACCUACUCAACCUGUGGAUUUCCCUAUUGACCCUUGGUGGGGUGUUUGCCUUGUUAACUUCACCAUAGAAGAGUUUAAGAAACUUUCAGAAGAUGAGACGGCGACAAUAGAUAAAAUUUGCAAAGAGGAAGUUAAUGCAUAUGUCCUCUUUGAUCCGGAAGUCAUAAAAGGUCUCUACCAAAGGGGAUUGAUAUAUUUUGAUGUCCCGGUCUACCAGGAUGACCGCUUUAAAGUUUCAAAGCUUGAAGGGUUCAUCUCUAACAGAGAGCAGUCUUAUGAAGAUCCAAUUGAAGAAUUACUCUAUGCAGUUUUUGUAGUUUCAAAUGAGAACUCAACAGUUGCAGAGUUGGCAUCCACUUUGCAAGCUGACCUAGCUCAAUUACAGGCUGCUGCAUCUUUUGUUUGCCGCUUAGGAUGGGCUGUAAAGUUAAUUGAUCCGGCUUCUGUGCUUCAUGACAAGAUUAUACCUGGAUCUCCACGUGCCAUCCUCAGUGAUGAAGACGAUACUCGUGCUGGUUUAGGCUCUACCUACAUGUCUGCUGAUGGUGAGGCGGCUCAAAAUGGAGAUAAUUUAGGGACAGAAAGCUCUGGACUACGUUCUAGUCAUGUUCGAGUUGCUUUCAUAGUCGAUGCUAACAUAACAUCAUAUCUGAUGAUGGGUUCUGUCUCGCCAGGAUUGAAAUCGCAUGCUGUGACACUCUAUGAAGCUGGAAAGCUCGGGCAUACUAGUAUCCCGGAUCUUUGCAAGGAUCUGAGCACAUUAGAGGGAGCAAAAUUUGAGGGUGAACUGCAAGAAUUUGCAAAUCAUGCCUUUAGCCUUCGCUGUGUCCUGGAAUGUUUGAUAUCUGGUGGAGUUGCUACUGAUACAACAGUUGAUACGACGGGCCCAGGAACUUUGGUCAAUGAUGAGGCUGUAACUCUUCUUGCUGAUGUUAAUUCUCCUGAUAAUUCUGGAGAUUCUUUAACCAGCCAAAAUAGUGAGGCUUCCAUGGUUUCAAAUGCCCCUCAUGAGGAUCCCUUGCCGACAGAGCGUGUCCCUGAAAGCACUGAACAUGAAGCAGCUUCGACUACACUGACCGAUGAUACUACUGCCUUGACCGAUGAUACUACUGCCUUGACCGAUGAUACUACUUCCUUGACCGAGACCUUCAGUUCUAACCUAAACCUUCAGAAUGACGAGAAGCCGAUCUCCGUAGAAGGACCCGACACCAGUAAAGGAAACAAGAAAAGGAAGAGAUAUCGGGUUGAUAUUCUUCGCUGUGAGAGUCUGGCUUCUCUAACACCAGUUACUCUAGAUCGUUUGUUUUCCCGAGACUACGAUAUUGUUGUUUCAAUGGUUCCUCUUCCACUGACGACUGUUCUACCUGGACCUUCAGGCCCGGUUCAUUUCGGUCCUCCCUCCCAUUCAUCAAUGACACAAUGGAUGAAACUGGUAUUGUAUUCAACCGUGGGCAAUGGGCCUUUGUCGGUUAUCUUGAUGAAAGGGCAGUGUCUGCGGAUCCUACCUGCUCCACUAGCUGGCUGUGAGAAAGCUCUAAUUUGGUCAUGGGAUGGAUCUUCGGUUGGUGGCUUAGGAAACAAGUUUGAAGGUAACUUGGUCAAGGGAAGUAUACUGCUACACUGUUUGAAUUGCCUUCUCAAGUGCUCAGCUGUUCUCGUCCAGCCUCUGAGCAAGCAUGAUCUUGAUAGCUCUGGAAGAAUUGUCACUUUAGAUAUACCAUUACCCCUGAAGAACUCUGAUGGUUCCAUUCCUCAUUUCGCCGACGAGCUUGGCCUUCCACUUGAGGAAAACACAAAGCUGAACUCUCUCUUAACGAAGCUGGCGAACAAUAUGGAACUGUGGACAGUCGGUUACAUUCGCCUUUUGAAACUCUUUAAAGCAAAGGAUCCAGCAGGGUACUUCUCUCCGGAUGAUGAUGAGAAGUAUGAAUGGGUCCCUUUAACCGUGGAGUUUGGGCUGCCACUUUUCAGUCCAAAGCUGUGCAACCAUAUCUGCAAAAGAAUCGUCUCAUCACAGUUACUUCAGGCAGAUUCGCUCAUGGAACAACACAACGCAAUGCAAUGCAUAAGGAAAAGGUUGAAAGAUAUAUGCGCACAGUACCAAGCAACAGGUCCAGCUGCUAAACUUCUUUACCAGAAAGAACAAGCAAAGGACGCUCCUCGUAGUAAGCUCAUGAACUAUGCAAGCGGCAAAUGGAACCCACUCGUCGACCCUUCCUCACCAAUUUCAGGUGCCACGAGCGAGUUUCAACGGUUGAAACUAGCUAAUCGCCAACGUUGCCGGACUGAAGUUCUUAGCUUUGAUGGUAGCAUCCUAAGAUCCUACACUUGCCCUGUAUAUGAAGCUGCCACUAGGACCAUAGACGAGAAUGCACCUUCAACUGCAACAAAGGCAGAUGCUGAAGAAGCAGAUAGCCGAGAAGUGGUUCUCCCAGGACUGAACCUUGUGUAUGAUGGUUCAGAGUUGCACCCUUUCGACAUUGGUGCUUGCCUUCAAGCUCGUCAACCAGUUGCCCUCAUUGCAGAAGCUGCUGCUGCAUCUGCUGUCCUCGCCCCCAAGUAGUAAACUCUCACGGAUGCUCUAUCCAAACUUUUCACAGAACAUCAGGUGAAGGGGGAAAUAUUUCGACUAAGAUCCUGAUUCUUAUCCGUGUUUCAAAGUUUUACUAGUCUGUCCUUUUGCAGCUGCAUAUAAACUUUUGGGGUUAUUUCGGUCACUCAAGUUCUUGACCAAAUAAUUUCGGUUUGGAUUUGGGUUGGUUUGAUGUGAAUUUUGUUUAAUUUUAUGCAAAUCUGCAACAGUGUUGUUGGUUCUAAGACAUGCAAAAAGAAACUUUGAUUUUUA